CCCUCUACUCGAGGUUCGCCCAUAUUAUAGAAACGCGGAGCAACAUAAGGCCCAGUUUCUUCGGAGACCGUCAGUUCGGCAGGUUCAGUUUAACGCGCUCCGUUUCUCAAGAUGAAUUACCCAGUUCUUCUGAUGGUGCUGACGGCCUUUUCCGGAAGUCUCGUCGCCUCGGAAGCCAUCAAUGUUUACGGAGGCAUCCGCGGAGUCAGGGCUUCAAAUCCGGUGACCGUUGCCCAGCCGCCAGUCGAGCAUAUCAACUACAGACCCUAUUCCCAGGUUCCAGCGGGCAUCAAGCAGCUCCUGCAGUUCCAACAGGCUCGGGAACCGAUAACCCACAUCCCGGCCCAGCCGCCGCCCCAGUUGGCUAAGGCCCCGAGCCAAAACCGACCCCAGUACAACCCUCAGGUUCAAUAUGGAUCCGCGCAACCUAGUCCCCAGCAGUAUCAGGCCCAGCCUCAGGCGGCGUACAAUCCAGGAGUAAAUCCUCAGGCCCAAUUCAACCCCCAUCCGUAUCAGCAGGGUCAGCCGCAGAACUCGGUGGCUAGGAAUCACCAGCAGCAACAGCAGCCACCUGGUGGCUUGUUUUACCCCGAUCAGCGUCGCUUGUACUAAAAACCUUGAAUAACGAUUUCACUAUAUUAUAUACAUAAG